CUGUUCAGACUAAUUUUGUCGAUCACCGAUUCCUCAUGUUUUUAACCCACAUUGCUUAUACUGUUAAUAUAUAUUACGAUUCGUUGUUUUAAAGAUUUUAAAAGGAUCUUUUAAAUGUUCUUUUAAAUAACUUUUCUAAUUAUAAAUCAUUAUAUGAUAGAUUAAAUGUUAACCGAAUUCGAUUACUUAUGUCUUUCUAGAAAGUUGCGGGAACAAGGUGGAAUCUUAAAAAACUAGGAGACAGCUUUAGAGGGAACGGUAACAGAAAGUAAGCGGCUGUGGGAUCGUAUGCAUAAGAUUCAAGCGAGCAUGGAGGACAGCCUGAACACUUUGUUAAACGGCGAUGACACAGAAAUGUUAAGGGAAAAAUUGGCUUUACUACGAAGAGAGUACAACCGAACUGUUCAGAGAUUACGGCGUGCUGAGCGCUCUGAACUUGUGCGGAAACACGUGAGGAGCAAGAUUGCAGAACAGAAUCGUUCAGAAGUGGAACAGAGUACUGUUACUUCAUCUGAUCCAAGUGUUUCUGAGGUGGAAACCUUUGCUUCUGUUACUCCGAGUGACACUGAUGUCUACUGCAGGGGUACGGCUGUCCGGUUCAGCCUGCCACCUGAAACCAUCAGCCUGUGCACCCGCCCUGGGGACCUUCCUGGUUCUGCUCCCCUCUCUGACAACCGCACGGUCAACCAGGCAGGAAGCCCAACGACUGGCCAAGGCCAACGGCGCCAUUCAGCCCACCGGCUACGGUCACGGCGGAGCUGGUUGCGCUGGGAGCAGAGGGAGCGCUCAGACUCUCAGAGGAGUGAGAGUGGGGAGAGUUCCACCGGGCAGGGGGAUGGUGGGAAGGCGGAUUCUCUGUUGGUCCCUGUCAUUGCUGAGGACUGUCAGCCCGAGGUCCUGUCCUGCAGCAAGGAGGCAGGCUCGUGGGGUCCUAGUGCCCGGGAGAAAUGUGGAGGAAGGGAAGAGGGACUCGAUAAAGCAUUCCAUAGGUCUGUGUCUGUCUCCACCGAGGGGGGUCUGAAAGACAACCCCAGCAUGGAGAAGUGUGAGACUUUAGCAGACCCACUGCUGGGGGAAACUGUACUUUCUGAAACACCAGAGAUUAAUUUUAGCACCCCAAAACACCUGACCAUGCCACCCCCCCCAAGGCCACCCGAUGGUAGUUCAGCGUCGGACGAGGUCGGUGAGCAGCGAGGCUCAAGCCCCCCACCCCCCCCAUCCGAAUCUGGGGAAGUGGGCUGCCUGGACUCCUGCACCGUGAUCGAAGGGCUGCUUUUCCCGGUGGAGUACUACGUGAGGACCACGCGGAGGAUGGCGUCCGCCCAGAGCCGCGUAGACCUGGGCGCAGUGAUUCAGAGCCAGCUGAGCCAUGGCCGGAUGGGCAGAGGCCGCCGACGGCGCCCCGCCGGGCGUGUGACCCGUGACAGCCAAACCUCUGAGGUCACUUCGCAGCCCCAAGCACUGGGUUCCGAAGGCAAGGGCGAGAGCCAAGUGCCUGCGGAACCAAAGAGCUGCCAGACCUCUGACCCUGACUCUGCCGUCUCCAGACGGCAUGCAGGUCGGCGCCGUAGAGGGGGCGCGGGAGGUCGGAGAAGGACCGCCGGAAAGCACUUUAACCCGCCGACUCAGCUUGCCCCCACCCUUGAAGCCUCGUCAACAGGGCCUAUCAUAGCAGCAGAUUUAAUAUCUCAUACAGGAAACCAUAUUCAGACCGCUGAGAAGGAGCUGUACCCUAUAUUUCGGACAAAUGGCAGAGCAAUAAUGUCAGGAUUUAAUUUUGGUGAGGGCAGUUUGCAGAGGGGACAGACAGGGACAGAUCUAUGCGAGUCGCUCCUGCUCCAGUCUCCUGAUCCCGUGCAGCCACCCCCGUGUCCCACGGUGCCGCCGUCUGGUGGAGGUAACUUCAACCUGCGUGCCCUCCUCUCCCGCCUCGACGUCAAAGACUUUCACCUUCCCGAUGAUGAGUUUGGGAGGCUCAAGCUGGACAAGCUUCGGUCAUCAGCCACGGCGAGCUUAGAGGCCGGCCUGCCUCGCCAGUCCCCCUAUAACACUCGUCGGAGGGCAUCCCGGACCCUUUUGGGGGCCGGCCAUCACAAGACAGCUGGAAGCUCUGGAGGGCCGGUUGGCAGCCUUGCCAGGAUGGAUUGCCAGCAGCACGUUCAGGUCCCGCCCAGUGACGGGCCUCCCCAGCUCUCUAAGGAAGUGAAUAGUAUAGCCCAACAGAGUGCUACUGCAGCCAUGAGGAGUUUGGGGAUCAGGGUUGCAGGUGGAAAACAGGGCAGGAGCAACUUCUCUGAAGACGGAGAAGAUGGCAGAGUACCUUCGCCGGAUGCUAGGUCAAGUCAGCUUAAUCCCGUGGUUAGGAACAGCCCAGGUUCCUCCCAGGGUGUCGGGAUGGGGGAGGGAGACAGAGGGGGUGCCGCAAAUUGCAUGGAAGUGGAAGGAGGUGUGGAGGCAAGUCCUGCUGGGGUGGCCCUGUCUCCCUGUGUGCUAAACUUCAGCUCUUCUACUCCAGCACACAAUGAGAAAAGUGAGAGGCCCGUUCUGCCCUUGUUGGGAAGCCCUACAUUACCCUCCCUGGGGGUCACGCCCGCCUUCUCCGCACACUCCAGCCUCUCUUCACAGAACUGCUCGUCCUCGACUCCCCUGAAAGUGCGGAGUUCCGUCGUCCAGCCAGCCACACCCUCCACUUCAUGUGACUCAGAAACGCACAGGGCAGCCUCUAGUGGAGGUACCCCGCCGCCUCUGCUUUGCCAAACCCCAAAGGCACUAAUCCGGUCGCCGAAGCCCCUUCCUGCUGACUUGGUACAGCAGAAGGUUCAUGCGAUGGAGGUGUCGGCCAAUCAGAGUUAUUCACCCAGAACACUUCUGCCUUGCUUCUCUGACUCUCUUUCGUCCUCCAUCCUUGCCAGUAUUACUUCUCAGUGCCACCAGUCUGCUCCCAGUCCGUCCUUGGACCGCAGUGACAUAGAUUCCUCACCCUCCUUGGGCGUCGGAGAGGACCCGUAUGCCCCCACACCCCAAACCAUCCUCAAAGGUGCAUUCGCCCCCAUGAGAGGGCAUGUGGUCAAAAGUCCUCUAGCUGAGACACCUUCAGGGGUGGAUCUGGCACCUUCUCUGCCGCCAGGUUCAUCGCAGAAGGGGGACAACGUCGAAUCUUUAAAUCCCAGUGGGGCAGUCCUGCUGUCUCCAUCCCAGAACUGUCCGGAGGCUGGAGAGGGUGAGCCUCCCUGCCUUGUGAAUGUGGAUGGCAGUAUGGGCGGAGCAAGCAGGAAGUCACAGAGAGAUGUUAAACCUCUGCCUCAGGCUGCCAGCUUGGACAAAUGCUCACGCUCCCAGCAGUCACCGUCUCCAGGAACGGAAGCUGCAGACCAAGACCUGGACAGCUACUUCACCGACUCCACCUGGCCUUCUGCAGGCCAGUCAUGGCCUCCGUGGGGGCAGCCGUCUUCGUCCCAGGGGCCUUUGGGAGGGCAGGCCGAAACCCAAGGCAUGGCGUCUCCUACAGAGCGGAGGUCACCUCCUGCUGAUAUCCUGCAACUUAUGCACACUCUGAAGGCUCCCGCAGGCCGCUGCCUGGUGGACGUAUGGGGUGUCCGCAUGGAGAUGGGGUGGAGUGUGGUGACAGCAGGGGAGUGGGCCGUGUCCUUGUGGCAGCAGAGCUCUCCUGAGCAGUGGUGUCUGCUCCACACCUGGUCUUUCACUGAGCACCCAGUCAUUGCCCUGCUCCCUGUGCCAGAUGCCCCAGGUCUUGUGUGUGCUGCUCUCGGUCAACUGGAGAUCAGAGAGGCCAGGAUCCUUUCCUUCGUCAACGCUGGAGGCCCGUUCUCCCAGUCGGUGCUGUGCACUGGGGAGAUCCAGGCAGUGCUGGGGGUGUCUGAGGGCAGGCUGGUCUGCUCCGCCUCUUCUGGGUCGACUCAGAUGGUGACUGUGGCCCAGUUGACAAAGGACGGCAGGCCGCAGGAGUCGCUCUCCCUGGUGUCUCCUGGGCAGGGUGUCCACGCUCUGGCCCCUGUGGAAGGAGAGCCAGACGCUCUGAUUGGCUCCACAGACGCCGGCCAUCUGGUCCUCUGGAAUAUGAGGACUGGCCACCUGCUGCAGAGUUUUGCCCUGGGGGAGUGUCUUCUAGGGGCCACGUGUCUAAGAGGAUACUCAGAGGGUGGUGUCCUGUUCGUGUUGCUCCAGCAUAAGUUUCUCAGUCAGGAAGAUGGCGUGCUCUUCUCUCUGAUCGCCACAAACCCCAUCACGGCUCGAUACGUGUUGGCACACAGCCUAAUUCAGCCUGCGCUGUGCUCAGGGAGGUUCACGGAUGUGGACGUGUGUGGAUCGUCACUGGCGGUGGCAUUCCGGUGUGGGACAUUGGCUACGUGGGAUCUCCACCAGUGGGACUUGGGGGCUAGGCUGGCUCAUGCUCCAGAGGAAGGGUGUAAUGUUGUUCGCUGGGCAGGCCCCAGCUCUCUGCUGAUAGGAAACCUCAGUGGAGAUGUGUCCCUGUACCAGUAUACAGGAGGGCACUGGGCUGCUAAACCAGAGUAAUGCCUACACACAUACACACACACACACACACACACACACACACAUAAUCUCACUUCUUCCCGCUGCUAACAGUUUGCAUGUUUGGGACUUAUGUUGCAUCAGUAUUUCUGCUCCACACAACAGCCACUGAGCAAGAAAGGCUCAUUCUUGUUCAAAGUAUUUUAACUUUUUAAGCAAACCAGAGGACAGUUUUAAAAAUGUUCUGUGCUUUGAGAUUUUGUAAUCAUUCAGUUGAAGAGCAGUUCAGGCCUCCCAGACUAGUUCUAAAUGCCCUCCAGACCUCUCCAAAAGACAUUGAUAUCAGCAGGAAGUUUGAUUUUAAUGCAGUCGAUUUAGAAUGUCAUUUUAAUUAUUAAUACAAGUACAGCUAUUAAUAUAGUUAUCUAUAUUGCGUUUCAUACAAAUAAAACAGAAAUGUUUGAAGUAAUCUUUUCAAAAGACAUAAAAAGAAAUACAAGAUUAUAAAUAAAUUUCUGCAUUUUGGAAAGUGCGUGUAUGUGUAUAUACAUAUAUGUGUAUUUAUGUAUGUACUCUGUAUAUACUCUGUAUAUGUAUUAUGAGAGAGUGAAUUCUGUGAACAGAGGAACCCUUCACAGAACUGCCCAUGGCUGGAUGUUUUUUGUCCAUCACGCCACGUUCUCUGCAAACUCUUGACAAUGCAAAGUGUGAAAAUCCCAGGAAGAUGGCACCAUUUGAGCUGCUGAAACCAUUAUGUCUGAUACCAACAAUCACACCACGUUUAAAUUCCCACUACUACGACGUACACCGAUGACAUGGAGAUCGACUUGACCUUCUCU